AUGUUGCCCCCAGGUAUACCAGUAGCGGAUCUGAAUGAACGUCAAUCUAAUGGUGUUGUAGUUUUCCUCAACGAGUCAUACCGCGGCACAAAUAUUGGGCCGCACCAACCAUCUGAAGGAAUAACUCUACCACUCUUAACACCCCAAGGCCCAUACAGGAAAUGCAUCAACUACCAUCUCUCAAUGAGUGUUCAUCCCCAUCUAGGUCGUAUUUACGUCCCAUCAAGAACACAAUACAAGCUCUGCCCAGCUUACCCCUGGGAAAUCAUCUGGGUAGGUGUCGAUUUGAACUACGGCGGACACCAGAAUAUCUCAGCUGGAGAAGUGAUUUUAGCACUAUACGAGGCUCUUGCAUACGGUGAACUUCAUUUCAAAGAUGAUGAUGGUUUUGAGACUUAUGAGGGACGCAUGUUUUGGAUAGAGAUUCGUGGUUGCUUGCCCGAUAUUACUUGGGCGAGGAGAGCUAUUAUCGCUCAUAUCGAUUUGAUCAAGCAGCUUUUUGAAGCUGGUGUGAUUUGUCUCACUGAAGAAAAGCUCUCGUAUCGUCGUCCCCAGUUUCCGCACCGUCCAUGUGCCGCUGACUUUUUUUAG